UAUCUUGAGGAGGACCCUUCUACUGUGGUAAUCGAACGGUUAGGCAAGCUAACAGGCUACGAACUAUAUAUUGUAGAGCAAUGGUCUUGCUCUCGAGUCCACCCCACCUUCGUUAUUACUACCUAUACUGGUGAUCCCAAUCAUGUAGUGAUGGUAGGAGUGCUGGGUGUCCCAGCGGACGAGGAUCUUUGGUCACCAAGACUACGUGUAUACUUCAAAGCGAUAUCCCAAUACCAUGCCCGACCGAAAGAAACUCCGUUGGGCAUGCUCAUGGUUACAAACCUCAGCAGUUUUCCAUCCGCCUUGACUGUCAUACCGGUGCCUGAUGGAGAUUUGAGGAAACAUAGAGAGGAUUAUAUCGUCAAUGAGAAUCUGAAGAGGCUUGGAUGCUCUGGCAGAUCUGGAAUGAGCUUGUCUGCACCUGCUGGAGCAACCCAAGCCAAGUUCUUCCAAUUGUACAAAGUUAGCGACCGAAUACCACUGUACGGGGCUGUCAUCGAGCUAGUCAAGCUAUGUCAAGUUGCUCUCAUGAUAUUUGGGAAGUUGGAACAAGAGUACGCGGAUGGCCUUCUGUGCGACGUCACUGAGAAAGCGGUCAAUGACUGGUGGACGGAGAUUGGCUCUGAAUAUUACAAUGUCGAACCCACGGAUGGCAUCCUUGGACCGACCACAGUCUCAGCGUUACUGGGUAUGCUAAUGGGAGCUCGAAACCGCUUGAAUUACUAUGGUGCACCAGUCGCUAAGGACGCUUUCGACGUGUAUAGUCUUAAGCGUGGGAUUGCAUACUUUCAAAAAUCCCAAAAGAUGGAAAAGACAAGGAGGCUGGACCGACAUACUCUUGAUCGUCUACACCGAGUGACUGCAAAAGCAGCUGCUGGUGAAGGGUGGGCUGUUCCAAAGGCUGUCAAGUCCACCGUUGCUGAGCUGAGUGGCAAGGGUGGGGAGAUGCUGGGAAACAUGGUUGGACGAGAUAAAGCUGGAAUUGGUGAUAUCGAAACUCUAGAUAUUGAUCGCUUCGUCAGCUUAGUUCAUGGUGAGAGAUCAAAAUGGUUGUGGUAUGGAAAGCCUAGGAGGAGUGGAAAUGUUGGCGUAUACGGGAAGAGUGACCCGGAAGGCGAAAAUCUCUGUUUCACCAAGGACGACCAAGGAGGCUACAUCUGGUCACACAAUCGAUCUCAUUCGAUACCGCCGGAAGACGAGAAAGAGAGUCCUGGUGUCGUCUAUACGAACCAACCACCUGGAUCGGCUACAAGUAUGCUCGACAGUCCAUUCGAACGAGAUUUUCAGUUGCGAAAGAAUGUUUUCAAGAGUGUUACUGGCAAGAUGAAUGACGCUAGAUCUGGCUUUGGUCGCAUAAAAGAUGCCGUGGGGCUUCGUGGCCAUGCCAGCAAACAUUCUAAAGACGAGACCAUGGACCCUGGCUAUGUCACUCCUAAUUCCUCUGCAACUUUGGGUUUGUCUACAGGAACACCCGCAAGUCCAGCCAUGAUGAACAAAGUCUUCACCUGGAAGGAAACACCCGGCCAGUAUCAUAACGCCAUUCCUAAGAUCAAGGAAGCACCAUCUGCUGCGGCAUCGUCGACUCCUGUCCAAGACUCCGAAUCUCCUCACAGCGAGUCGAGGGUGAACCUUCCGACCGUUGUUCUGUCUGAAGAAGACAAGAAGGAGGCUGAGGCCGAAGCUAAGUGGGCUGAGCAAGUGAAGGAAAUUCGCCGUGAUGUUGUGGUGAACGAUCCGUCAAUUGCAGGAUCUAUCUAUGGAGAUGGAGAUCUGGAAGGUCCAGUCUUGGAAGCACUUCGGGAUCCAAACAACUUCCAAACCCUUCUUCACCGACGCCAUAGCUUGUCUGGAGCAUUUCCUAUGGUGGAAAAGGCACGAAAUGAAGCCUGGUGGCCUCGUCAGAUGUCUUUUACUGAUGCAGAAGAGGCUAUCCUCGGAUGGGAGCCAAUAUCUGUAUUGAACGAUGAUGGAGAGGAAGCUGAUACAUGGUCCGCCCUUAAGAAACAACAGCUUAUCGCAGAGGACUACAUUCGUCUCUAUGAGAAAAUAGCAGAUCUGCAAGAUGAAAUUGGACCUUGGGUCGUGGAGAAAGUUGAUGCUAUCGACGGACUCGACAAUCAGGCUGCAGAAGAUCAGGAACAGUUCCAGACAUUGUACUAUCAGCUGACGGAACAAUAUCAGGCCGUCAAGCAGAGCUCGCAGGAUGUUUUGACGGACGAAAGAUCACACGUCAUGGAGUCCAUGAAAGACAUCGAGGUCCUUGGAGCAAAGUUAGAAUAUGAGAUCAACGCUUUGGUAUCCAAGGUGCAGGAUGUGGAGGAUGGAGUGUCCCAAUUCGAAAGACAGGUCGACGAUUUGGAAAGCAGAGCAAACGAGCUUGAGGCUCAACUUAGCAAGGAAAGUUGGCCUCAUUGGCUUGUCCGCUCUAUCACCGGGAUAGGAACAGGUCCCAACAUCAUAGCACCUCGGCGAAAUCCCUAG